UCCCUCACUUCUGACGGACCCCUCGCUUCUGCUGCUGCUGCAACCAUGUCGGGCAAAGCGCCUGCGAUUGGCAUCGACUUGGGCACCACGUACUCCUGCGUGGGGGUCUUCCAGCACGGGAAGGUGGAGAUCAUCGCCAACGACCAAGGCAACCGCACCACGCCGAGCUAUGUGGCCUUCACCGACACCGAGCGCCUCAUUGGGGACGCGGCCAAGAACCAAGUGGCCAUGAACCCCAACAACACCAUCUUCGACGCCAAGCGACUCAUUGGGCGCAAGUUCGAGGACGCCACGGUGCAGUCGGACAUGAAGCAUUGGCCUUUCCGCGUGGUCAGCGAAGCCGGGAAGCCCAAAGUCCAAGUGGAGUACAAGGGCGAGAUCAAGACUUUCUUCCCAGAGGAGAUCUCCUCCAUGGUGCUGACCAAGAUGAAGGAGAUUGCAGAGGCCUACCUCGGCCGCAAAGUUCAGAGUGCUGUCAUCACCGUCCCGGCGUAUUUCAACGACUCCCAGCGCCAAGCCACCAAGGACGCCGGCACCAUCACGGGCCUCAAUGUGCUGCGCAUCAUUAACGAGCCCACAGCUGCUGCUAUUGCUUACGGCCUGGACAAGAAAGGCAGCGGAGCUGGUGAGAAGAACGUCCUGAUCUUCGACCUGGGCGGUGGCACCUUCGAUGUCUCCAUCUUGACCAUCGAAGAUGGCAUCUUUGAGGUGAAGUCCACGGCUGGUGACACCCACUUGGGUGGCGAGGACUUUGACAACCGCAUGGUGAGCCACUUUGUGGAGGAAUUCAAGCGCAAGCACAAGCGUGACAUCGCCGGCAACAAGCGGGCCGUCCGGCGACUGCGCACGGCCUGUGAGAGGGCCAAGCGCACCCUCAGCUCCUCCACCCAGGCCUCCAUUGAGAUCGACUCCUUGUUUGACGGGAUUGACUUCUACACAUCCAUCACCCGGGCCCGCUUCGAGGAGCUCAAUGCCGACCUCUUCCGUGGCACCUUGGAGCCGGUAGAGAAGGCCCUCCGUGACGCCAAGCUGGACAAAGGCCAGAUCAAUGAGAUUGUGCUGGUUGGCGGCUCCACUCGCAUCCCCAAGAUCCAGAAGCUGCUGCAAGACUUCUUCAAUGGCAAAGAGCUCAACAAAAGCAUCAAUCCCGAUGAAGCAGUGGCCUACGGGGCUGCGGUGCAGGCGGCCAUCCUGAUGGGCGACAAGUCAGAGAAUGUACAGGACCUGCUGCUCCUUGACGUGGCACCACUGUCCCUUGGCAUUGAGACGGCAGGUGGAGUGAUGACAGCCUUGAUCAAGCGCAACACCACCAUUCCUACUAAGCAGACCCAGACUUUCACCACCUAUUCAGACAACCAGAGCAGCGUGUUGGUGCAGGUGUACGAGGGUGAGAGAGCCAUGACAAAGGACAAUAAUCUGCUGGGCAAGUUUGACCUGACGGGGAUCCCUCCAGCCCCCCGUGGCGUGCCCCAAAUCGAAGUGACAUUCGACAUAGAUGCUAACGGCAUCCUCAACGUCACAGCCGUGGACAAGAGCACCGGCAAAGAGAACAAGAUCACCAUCACCAAUGACAAAGGUCGCCUCAGCAAGGACGACAUUGACCGCAUGGUUCAGGAAGCGGAGCGCUACAAGGUGGAAGACGAGUCCAACCGCGAACGGGUGGUCUCCAAGAACGCCCUGGAGUCCUACGCCUACAACAUCAAGCAGACGGUGGAAGACGAGAAGCUGAAAGGCAAGAUUGGGGAGCAGGACAAGCAGAGGAUCCUGGAGAAGUGCCAGGAGGUCAUCAGCUGGCUUGACCGCAACCAGAUGGCCGAGAAGGAAGAGUUUGAGCACAAGCAGAAGGAGCUGGAGAAGCUUUGCAACCCCAUCAUUGCCAAGUUGUACCAGGGUGCCGGGGCUGCAGGGGCUGGUGCUCCAGGUGGGGGCCCCACCAUUGAGGAAGUGGACUAAGCUGCCCUGAACUGGACUGUAGAGGUGGCUCCCCCUUGGUUGUUCUGUUUUUCUCUAGUCAGUCAGUGCCAUUGCUGGUAGAGUUUUCUGGGAAUCGGGUGGGUGGGAGGAGAUAGUACCUUGUUCUCUACUUCACCAAAGGAAGCCUUACCAGCUUAAUGUAUUUGUUGCAGAUAGUAUUUGUUUAGUAUCCAGGUAGCUAUGCCUAGUAGUUAGUGGAUUUCUGUUUCUUUAUGUUCCUUGUUCUGAAUGUCCACUUGAGAAUUGCCACUGAGCGAAAAAACCAUUUCAAAAGUGCAUGGAAAAUGUUGAAAACAAAAAAAAAUAUUUUGUAACUUUUUUGGUCUGGUUAUUUUAAAAUUUUGGUAAUAAAAGUUAUUUGAAUCUUGAAAUAA